AUGCUCGCCUCGUACGGAUCUUUGCUGCUACCCAGCUUGUGGAACGCUCCCGUCACUGUAUCACAUGCAUUGCCGGUACGCAACUCCGACGUCCAACAACUGUCAAAGCUGAACAGACAUUUGACCAAUGGGCUAGCCGCAGCUGAGGAUUUAGAUAGAUACAUGUGGCAUGAUUUGAUUCUUGAAACAGCCCUAUCCUCCUGCGAGGACAGCGGUAUCGAUUUAUUCCCAGGUGGCAGACUGUCUGAUCUGGAGUAUACAUACGACAUUGUGCUAUUAAAUGAAGAUCCAGGUAAGUUGCAAGCUUUCCUGGAUAGUUUGAGCGCCAGCGUAGCCAUGUUCUGUGAUUAUUAUUUCCCCGAGCGUCCCCGUCGUGCUCCAUUACAUCCUCUACAACAAAAUUCGUCGAACGGAGACAUCUGUGGCUCUUGGUAUUAUUUGUUUGGUCGGCCUUCAUCAUACAACCAUCACAUGUUGGCUCUGAAUAAAUUGCCCUCUGGAGUUCCGCGGAAAAACGAUUCAGAGUCUUUAAGAUCCUCGAAUGGCGUUAAUGAUACCAAUGAUUCCGCUGUAGCGGACACUUCUAAACUUGAUUCACCCGACAGUCACACAACCGCUCUAUCUUUAUUAGAUACAGCAAUGGAACAGGACACGAAUGAUGCCAUUUUAAGGUUUCUCAUUCCUUAUUCCGAGGAGGGGUAUGGAUUUACUCUGGCCGAUGUGGAGCACAGUUCCGCAGAUGGGUCGGAACUCCCUCGCCCAACAAGCACGCCUUCAGCGUCCCCGGAAUCCGGGAACAGAACACGUGCAUUUGACCAUCAUCCAUCGAAUAUCUACAUUCAUGCGGUACGCAAGUCCUCUCCUGCGGAUCAAGUAAAUCUACCCGUCGGAGCUUACUUGGUUGAGAUUGGCUGCGUACCCCUUGGUGUAAAUACCACACUGAAAGAAGCUGUGAAACGUUUACGUCACGCGUCGAAACUUCGCACGGAUAAAUCCAUGCCUUUGGGAGUCACUUUAACCAGAAGAAUGAAUGCAUCGGUUCCACGACCUGUGACGAAUGGUGGUUCCAAGAAUGACGACUGUCUAUCUGUGAUUUCGUCCAUUUCGGGCACUUCUCAUGAACCCGUAAAUUCAGCGCAAAAGUUAACAUCUCUUGCUCAGAAUGAAACUGACUUGAUGAGCUCUCCACUGGCCACCUCAUUCCGAUCCUUUUCGGUUUCCGCUUCCUCGGUGGCGUGGUCCGGCUCGGCCACCUACCCAUACUAUGCCAGUUUGCACCGAUCCAGUCCAGCCGGUGUGAAUGGCAGUUCCGGUUUCCCUGCAGAAGUCACAUCCCUACGCUCAGUGGGUUUGUCACAGCUCUCAUCAGGCACGUGCGCCUUAUUAUGCGAAGAACGGUGCAUUGAUCCAGAAACUGAGUCAUGUAACACUGACGGGGAGAACAGUUUGCAGCGACGUAAGCGUUUGCUCACACUGGCCCAUCCGGUGUUGAAUCUCCGUUGGUCCGAAGUCACGCCACAGGAGGCAAAACGACAAUGGGCCAUUGCCGUAUUGCUCACUGAAUUGGAUCGUGUGGCCAACGAUUUAUUGGCUGGUGUAAGAGCUUAUCGUUUAGGUUUAAGACGAUCAGCCAGACUGACCAAAGAACAGUUGGAGUUGCUCUUCCGAAAUAUCACACAGGUUGCAUCUCAGGCGUGGCGUCUUGUACAACGCCUCAAAGGAAGCUGUUUAGCUUAUGCCAAUGUAUCAAAUGGACAACCGGCGUCGACUCCCGUCCGCUCACAUUUUGGCACUAUUGCUUCCAAACCUUCUGGCAUUACUGUUUCUCAGACCAUUCCAACUCCCAAGGAAACGCGGAAACCAAGUCUGUUCACAAGAAUACGUAAGAGUAUCGUGAACAAUCAGCGUACCGCACAAAAUGCGACAGUCCCCAGCAUCACUCAGAUAAAUAAGGAGACCUCGGUUAAUUUAGAGUUGUCUACCCCUAAUACUAUCACUCCUUUCACUCAACCGGAACCUGCACAUUUCGAUAAGGACGAUUUACCGGUUCCUGAUCAACAAACACGUCUCGACCCGCCUCCACACGGCCAUUUAGACUGUCCGGGACGUAUUGUGCACGGUUCGAUUGGCACGUUGUUAACCGAGUAUGCGGUGUAUACACACGAGCAUCUGACUCGAAUGAAACAGGUGCGUGAAUUCCGCCGUCAUCAUCCCGAGUUGCGAUCGUUGCUACGAGCUCAUGCAAUGUCCCCUGGUGUCCCAUCGUUUACCAACUUCCUCGCCCUUCCGUUGGAGCUUCUCCUUAUUCUAUUAAUUCGGUUACAAAAGAUUCAAGAGUAUACCAGUGAUCAGCACACGGACAGACCAUUCUUGGACUCCAGUAUUGCGAUGCUUCGGGAAGCUGUCUUGAGUCCGUCUACAACCGAUGGUCCGGCAAUGCUUCGGACACCACAUGCGAGUCGCACUGGUACUUUACAAGAAUCGUUCACUGGAACCGGCUCACACGAAGAAAAUAUUCGGUCUAAUGAGCGAAUCGGACCGGAACAGCAAGAAUCUCCCAGCUCUCAACCGGACUCACAGGGAAACGUUUUACAGUCCCGAAUAGAUUGUGCUAAUCGAGAACUGGUGCAAUUAUUCCGCUUGGUUCAACCGCCACUCCACGCUUCUGUCGAGUGUGAAUUAUCCAACGAACCUGAGGAUUGGAUCAAUUCCGAACGUUAUAUUAUAUUCCGCGGUGCCAUGAACUGCGUAUUGAGCAACAUCCCGUCUGCUCCCGGUCAAGGUACUUAUUCAUCCGCACAUUUGUACACAGGCAAGGUAUUCGCCUAUCUGCUGACUGAUGCUCUGGUACUGGUUGCAUCCGACACAGAUGUGCUCGUAUCCAACGAAUCGAAACCGUUACUUUGCGAACCAGUUCUGCUCACUCUUGUUUGCAAUCAGUCUUACGGCACGGAACUUCAUCUUACGAUGGAAACAAUUGGUGGUCUGCGUUUGCAACUGACAUGUCCGACGGUCGAGGACAAGGUGGUUUGGAAAACUCUGAUACAACAACGCAUUGCUAUGAUUCAAUAA